AUGGACUUUCAACGGUUCAUGCUUUUAAAUUGGCAGGAUUUGGAUUUGGCUCGGCGUGAUUACACUGUGAAGGUUCGUGUACUCCAUUUAUGGAAGCAGCCCAUGUAUAACAAUCCAGAGCAGUUUUACUCAAUCGAAAUGAUCGUUGUUGAUGAAGAGGGAACCACCAUGCAAGCCAAUGUUAUCCGAAGAUGGUUUCCCAAAUUUGAACAUCUUUUGAAUGAAUCGGAUUGCUAUUUCAUUGUCAAACCCACUAUUGGGUUAAAUGAGUCCAAGUACAAGUAUGUGAACAACAAAAACAAGCUGGGAAUCUACUGUGAUACCGAUGUGUACCCAUGUAAGGAUUUCAAUUAUCCCAUCUAUGGCUUCUCAUUCACAUCCUUUAAGGAUAUCAUCGACAAAAUUGUUCCUGAAAACAAAUCUAUAGAUGUUAUUGGUUUUGUUGCUGAUGUUAAAGACCUUAAGAAGUUUAAGACAACAAGGGGUAAAGACACCAAGAAACUCAACGUCAUCAUUCAAGAUCUAGAGAUGGAUUCAAUAUACCUGUCUUUAUGA